CCCCAAACUCCCCGCCGCCACCGCUUUUCGUUAUGGGACAACACCCCGUUCUCGCUCACCUCCUCGCCAACAAUGCCCAGUGGGCGGAGGAUGUCGAGAAAGUCCAGCCGGGCUUCUUUGAGAGGUGCGCGAAGGGCCAGUCCCCCAAGGUCCUUUGGAUAGGCUGCGCCGAUUCCCGCGUGCCGGAUUCAGUCCUCACCGUGUCCAAACCGGGGGACAUCUUUGUCCACCGCAACAUUGCAAAUCAAGUGUUCCCAUCCGACGACAACAUCAGCUCGGUGCUCACAUACGCCGUCAUGGAGCUCGGCGUCACACACAUCCUCCUCGUGGGGCACACGCACUGCGGCGGCGCCGCAGCAUGCCACGCGGCCGCGCAGGCUCUGCCCGACGAUCCGACCACGCCGCUUGCGCGCUGGCUCGCGCCCCUCACCGACUACGCGCGCCAGACGGGCUGCAGCGUGUCGGAGCUGGAGGAGGCGAACGUGCGGAUGCAAGUCGAGAACCUGACAAAGUCAGAGGUGCUCCAGCAGGCCUGGGCAUCGGGGAAGCAUGUCUUGGUGCACGGAUGGAUUUAUGAGAUUGAGAACGGGCAGUUGAGGGAUAUGGGUAUCACCGUCGGCAAGUAGUGAAUCCCAUAGAGAUGUGACGGACACGAUGACGUUAUGGUUUGAUUGUGGAGGGCCUAGGUUACGACGGCCACGGACGCGUGUUACAGUAGUGUACGCAUACAUUAGAAGACUUGAAGAUGCAUAUAUGAUACCCAAUCGCACACAGAACUCAC